AUGAAGAACAAGGGAGACCACAAAGAAUUCCACAAAGUGGAGGAGCCAUAUCAGGAUUCAAACUGUGGAGAGAGCUUCAGUCAGAGCUCCUAUUCCUCUUCCCAUCAAAGAAAUCCCCUUGAGAAGAAACCCCAUCAGUGCUUGGAAUGUGGAAAGAGCUACAGACACCGGGGCCUUCUCAAUGUCCAUCACAGAAUUCAUACAGGGGAGAAACCCUAUAAAUGUUUGGAAUGUGGAAAGAGCUUCAGUCACAGGGCCCAUCUCACUUCCCAUCAAAAAAUUCAUACAGGGGAGAAACCAUAUAAGUGUGUGGAAUGUGGAAAGAGCUUCAGUCGAAUGGAGAGUUUCACUUCCCAUCAAAGAAUUCAUACAGGGGAAAAACCCUAUCAGUGCUUCGAAUGUGGAAAGAGCUUUAGACACAGCAACCAUCUCACUUCCCAUCAAAGAAUUCAUACAGGGGAGAAACCCUAUCAGUGCUUGGAGUGCAGAAUGAGCUUCACCUGGAAAGAAAGUCUCACUGCCCAUCAAAGAAUUCAUACAGGGAAGAAACCCUAUCAGUGCUUGGAAUGUGGAAAGAGCUUCACCUGGAAAAAAAGUUUUACAUUCCAUCAAAGAAUUCAUACAGGGGGGAAACCCUAUCAAUGCCAAGAGUGUGGAAAGAGCUUUGGUCACAGCAACCAUCUCUCUUCCCAUCAAAGAAUUCAUACAGGGGAGAAACCCUAUCAGUGUUUGCAGUGUGGAAAGAGCUUCACCUGGAAAGAAAGUCUCACUGCCCAUCAAAGAAUUCAUACAGGGGAGAAACCCUAUCAGUGCUUGCAGUGUGGAAAGAGCUUCGGUCACAGUUCCUAUCUCAAUUCCCAUCACAAAAUUCAUAUGAGGGAAAAACCAUAUCAGUGCUUGGAAUGUGGAAAGUGCUUCAGUCGAAAAGAGAGUUUCACUUCCCAUCAAAGAAUUCAUACAGGGGAGAAACCGUAUCAGUGCUUUGAAUGUGGAAAGAGCUUCAGUCACAGCAACCAUCUCACUUCCCAUCAAAGAAUUCAUACAGGGGAGAAACCAUAUUGUUGUUUGGAAUGUGGAAUGAGCUUCACCUGGAAAGAAAGUCUCGCUGCCCAUCAAACACUUCAUACAGGGGAGAAACCCUAUAAAUGCUUGGAAUGUGGAAAGAGCUUCACCUGGAAAAAAAGUUUCACUUUCCAUCAAAGAAUUCAUACGAGGGGAAAGCCCUAUCAGUGCUUGGAAUGUGGAAAGAGCUUCAGUCACAGCAUCAGUCUCACUUCCCAUCAAAGAAUUCAUACAGGGGAAAAACCCUAUCAGUGCUUGGAAUGUGGAAAGAGCUUCAGUCACAGCAUCAGUCUCACUUCCCAUCAAAGAAUUCAUACAGGGGAAAAACCCUAUCAGUGUCUGGAAUGUGGAAAGCUCUUCAGUCAGAGAGCUAAUCUCACUUCGCAUCAAAGAAUUCAUACAGGAGAAAAACCAUAUCAGUGCUUGGAAUGUGGAAAGAGCUUCACUUGGAAAAUAAGUUUCACUUCCCAUCAAACUAUUCAUACCAGUGGGAAACCAUAUCAGUGCUUAGAAUGUGGAAAAAAUUUCAGUCACAGCCGCUAUCUCACUUCCCAUAAAAGAAUUCAUUCAGGGGGAAAACCUUAUAAGUGCUUGGAAUGUGGAAAGAGCUUCAAUAAAAGUGACCACCUCACUUCUCAUACAAAAAUUCAUACAGGGGAGAAACCUCAUCUGUGCUCAGAAUGUGGAAAGAGUUUUAGUAGGAGGGGCAGUCUCAUGGUCCAUCAAAAACUUCAUACAAGGGAGAAACCUUAUCAUUGCUUGGAGUGCGGAAAGAGCUUCAGUCAGAACUUCAAUCUCACAGUCCAUCAAAGAAUUCAUACAGGGGAGAAACCCUAUCAGUGUUUGGAAUGUGGAAAGAGCUUCAGUCAAAGCAGAUGUCUCACCAUCCAUCAAAGAAUUCAUAGUGGAGAGAAACCAUUUCAGUGCCAAGAGUGCGGAAAGAGCUUUCGUGAGAGGGCCAACCUCACAACCCACCAAAGAAUUCACAGUGGGGAGAAACCGUUUCAGUGCCAAGAGUGUGGAAAGAGCUUCAGUCAGAGGGCCAGCCUUACUUACCAUCAAAGAACUCACAGUGGAGGAAAACUAUAA